AUGAGUGACUCCAAUGAGACCUUCUUGGUGACAGAGGUUGUCUUGCUGGGAUUCCCGGAGCUCUGCCACCUACACGGGCUGCUGUUUGGGUCCUUUCUGACCAUCUACAUAGUGACCAUCCUGGAGAACCUGGUCAUCACAGUAGUCAUCCGAGCCAGUCAUCAGCUGCACACACCCAUGUACUUCUUCCUGGCCGAUCUAUCAGUGCUGGAGACCCUGUACACCUCAGUCACUGUUCCUAAGCUGCUGGCCGGCCUCCUGGUGCAGGCAAAGACCAUCUCCUUCUCGGGGUGCCUCACACAGCUCUUCCUCUUCCUCUCACUGGCCUCCUCUGAGUGCUUCCUCCUGGCCACCAUGGCCUGUGACCGGUACCUGGCAAUCUGUCACCCGCUGCGCUACUCGGCCAUCAUGGACUCAAGGAUGUGCCUUCACCUGGCCCUCAGUGCCUGGCUUGGUGGCUUCCUGGCCUCAUUUGUGUCCAUGGCUCUCAUCUCCCACCUCAGUUUCUGUGGCCCCAAUGUCCUCAACCACUUCUUCUGCGACAUCUCCCCCCUGCUGCAGCUCUCCUGCUCAGACACCACCGCCACUGAAAUACUGGACUUUGUGGCAGCCGUGGCCGUGCUCAUGACAUCCCUGCUGGUGAUCAUGGUCUCCUAUGCCCACAUCCUGGCUAUGGUGCUGAGGAUCCCAGGAGGAGCUGGACGCUGGAAGGCCUUCUCCACUUGUGCCUCCCACCUGGUGGUGGUGGCAAUCUUCUACACCACUACCAUC